AUGGCAGAUUAUAUAAUUACUCUUGAUCUUACUGACAAUGAUGACACUCCAACAGAAAUUGAACUAUUUCUUUCUUAUAGUCCAUCAUUCAAACAAUUUAUACAGUUACGAUCUCUGUCACUAUUUAAUCUUCGUUCAUAUCCAACAUUGAUGAAAAUUCUUGAAGAAUGUUAUCAUCUUUGUAAUCUGACUCAUUUAGGACUCUUCCAUUGUUAUCAAGAUGGUCAAAUUGAUUUUCAAUUAAUUGUUAAUCAUAUUUGGAGUCUACCAAACCUUACUCAUUGUACGAUUGGUAUUGGAGUUACAGGAUUAUGCUUCUUUCGUACACCGACAAAAACUUCCUUAUCACUCGAAUAUGUAUCUAUAGAAAGAAUUCAAGUUAAAUUGGAUCAAAUAAAUCGAUUGUUUGAAUAUACACCUGCUUUGAAAUGCCUUUCGAUAUCUGUAGUGUCCUUUGUCGAUAGUGAUUAUAUUCCCUCUCCUCUUCCAACCUUAAUUGAUUUGAGUAUAAGUUCUUGUUUUAC